GAGGAAAGCACGAGGGCGGGGAGGGGCUGGCGCGCGCGCGUGGGUAGCGGUGGGGAAGGGUCCGGCGGCGGCGGCGGCGGCGGGGUCCGUCCCCUCCUCUCCCGUCCCGGCGGCGAGCGAGAUUUUCUUUCACUGCUAAAAAGAAACUGCAAUGGAGAGUACAGUAUCGGUCACCUUCCUUGUAUCGUUUUCCAUACUACUGUGUGAAAGUUACCAUCAUGGAGUGGAGACGGCUACUGUUGUGCAUACAUCGGAGAGAACUUUUCCAGAAAAGGCAGCUGGCGUUAAUAUUGAUUUGGCAGGAUUGAUACAGAAGUUUCACCUUCAAGAACUUUUUCAUCGUUACGGAGAAAACAAUUCUUUGUCAAUUGAAGGGUUUAGAAAACUGCUUCAGAACAUAGGUAUAGAUAAAAUGAAGAGGAUUAAAAUAGACCAUGAUCAUGACCAUGAUCAUCACCUUCAUCAUAAUCAUGUUUCAUUGAAUAAAAACUCAGAGAAGACUGUUUGCCCAAACCAUGAAUCUGACACUAACAAAGACCACAGGAGCGGCCACUCAAAGGACCCUCAUAAAGUAGAGAUUGUAGAACAUCAGCAGAACUUUGUGCACAGCAAGAACACCGUUAACGAAAUAACAGCAUCUAUCAUCGCUGCUCCCACAGAUGGCCGCUCUGAAUUACAGAAUGUGCAACCUGGAGAAGGCAAGCCGGUUGUUCGUUUAGGUCUGACCAGCUCUAAUGCUGUUAAUGCCACAGGUGGCAGCAAUGCAAGCUGGCUUGCUAACAGCAAAACAAAUGAAUCUCAUACUUCUCUGAAGGACUCGGAAAGAGGAAGUUACCUAUAUUCUAAACUGAAAAACCAAAACACCCAAGAGUGCUCCAGUGCGUCAAAACUGAUGCAGUCCCAUGGAAUAGGCCCUCAGGUAUUGUUGACUGCUACAGAAUUUAGUUACCUUUGUCCAGCUCUUAUUAAUCAGAUUGAUGGCAAAUACUGCAUAGUCCAUGCAACUAGUGAAAAAGCGGAGACUCCUCCAAAAAGUUACUCUCUGCAAAUAGCUUGGAUUGGUGGCUUUAUAUCUAUCUCCGUCAUCAGUUUUCUUUCCUUAUUGGGUGUUAUAUUGGUACCACUGAUGAAUCGAGUGUUUUUCAAAUUUCUUCUAAGUUUUCUCGUGGCAUUGGCUGUGGGGACUUUGAGUGGAGAUGCCUUCUUACAUCUCCUUCCACAUUCUCAUGGAAACCAUCACCAUCACCACGAAAAACCUCUGCUUGAACAAAACAAAGGCUCUAUGUUCAAACAUCUUGUUUUUCAAAGUGUAGAGGAGAGUGCUUACCUGGAUUCUACAUGGAAGGGACUUACAGCUCUUGGAGGCUUGUAUUUCAUGUUUCUAGUGGAGCAUCUGAUCACUUUAAUAAAGCAGUUUAAAGACAAGAAGAAAAAGAAAAAAAAUGAAGAUGAUGGAGAAAGUAAGAAGUUUUCAGCGAAUGAAGAAAAGAUAGAUACAGAUGAUCGGCCUGAGGUCUAUCUAGGGACAGACUCUCAAGAUCCAUCACCUUUCAUUUCUCAGCAGCCAACUGUACAAGAAGAAGAAGAAGUGAUGAUAGCUCAUUCUCAUCAAGAGGAGGUUGACAAUGAAUAUGUGUCCAGGGGCUGUAGAAACAAAUGUCAUUCUCACUUACAUGAUACUCUAGGACAGACAGAUCAUCUUAGUCAUCACCACCAUGACUACCAUCAUAUUCUGCAUCAUCAUCAUCAUCAGAACCAUCAUCCCCACAGUCACAGUCAGCGCUACUCACGUGAAGAACUGAAGGAUGCGGGGAUAGCAACUCUGGCAUGGAUGGUGAUUAUGGGAGAUGGACUGCACAAUUUUAGUGAUGGCCUAGCAAUCGGAGCAGCCUUUACUGAAGGGUUUUCUAGUGGUUUAAGCACUUCUGUGGCUGUAUUUUGCCAUGAAUUACCUCAUGAACUAGGAGACUUCGCUGUACUUCUAAAAGCCGGUAUGACUGUCAAGCAAGCUGUGCUUUAUAACGCUCUGUCAGCUAUGCUGGCCUAUCUUGGAAUGGCGACUGGGAUUCUUAUCGGUCAUUAUGCAGACAAUGUUUCAAUGUGGAUAUUUGCACUUACUGCUGGCUUGUUCAUGUAUGUGGCUCUUGUGGAUAUGGUGCCUGAAAUGCUCCACAACGACGCCAGUGAUCAUGGAUGUAGCCGCUGGGGAUACUUCCUGUUACAGAACGCUGGGAUUCUGUUGGGUUUUGGGAUAAUGCUGCUUAUCUCCAUAUUUGAACAUAAGAUUGUAUUCAGCAUAAACCUGUAAUCCUGGUUGCCAGGAAGAGAGCUUGGUGUUAAGUUAUAAAGUGGUAGGUUGUUUUUUUUUUUCUAUUAAAUACCCCAAUGGAGAGGUAUGUUUGAUAUAGGCUAGGUAUUUUUAUUGGUGUGCUUUGUUGUGUCCCUCCCUCCCUCCCUCCUCCCCCCAAUAGAAAUGAACACUAAGUUUUGAUUUUUUUUUUUUUUUUUAACUUAGGAUUUAGCAUUGCAUAUGGUACUGUGGAAAGUUGUGCUUAGUAAAGCAUGGUGAAAGUGCCAAAUCUAUUAAUGGAAUAUUGUCUGGGGGGUUAGGGUUUGGGGUUGUGUUUUUUUAGGAAAUUUAUUUACUGUAUGUAAUUAUACGUGAUUUUUUUUACUUCAAUGGUUUUGUUGGCUUAAAGAAAUGAAACGACAGUGGGUUUUAUUUUAGCACAAUCAAAAAAUCAGUGGAUACAAAGCACAGUGAGCACUGUAAAACCAGAAAAAGGCAUGUAAUGGGUAGCAUGUGUUUACAUCGGUAGAAACUCAUCUCUUCUGCAUCCACCUAGUUUACACGGAGUGGCAGGCGAGUCCACUCCAUCCUUUUUGCGGUGGUCCUUCUCUCAAUAGCUUGUGGAUUAUUUGCAUCUUAUUCCAGUUGGUUUCUCCUCCAAACAAAUUCUUGUGCUGCCCAGAGAGGUGGUGGAUGCACCAUCCCUCGAGGUACUCAGAAAGUGUGUAGGUACGGUGUUUCAGGGCAUGGUUUAGGAGACGUGGUGUUGGGUUGACGGUUGGACUUGAUGAUCCUAGAGGUCUCUUCCAACCUUCAUAAUUCUGUGAUUCUAUGAUUCUGUCCUUACCUGUGCUAUGUUAAUUUCUUGACUUUGUGUAGCUAAACUCUCCUUAAAACCCGCUUGCUGAUCUUCAUCUUCAGCUCUGUUCUGCUGAAAUGUAGUGACUGAGAUGCAACCUCACUGCAUCCUAGGGGGUUUGGCAGGGCUUGAGCAGAGUGUAUAACAGCGGUCUGGUAAACCACCAUAAAUUCAGUGUGCUUUAGCCCAUGGGUCUUUUGCCUUCUGUCCCACACCCUCAGCCCUUACAGAAAUGGGGCAUGCUCAUCUCUUCAAUCAUGAGGGAUUUCAGACUUGGAUGAGCUCAAUUCACUUUGAAUUUUUUACUAGUGAUUUCUGCUAGCCUACAACCUUAAGAGCUGCUGGUUCAGCUGGUCUUCUCUUGUCCAUGUGCUGGACAUGAUAUAGAAAGCAAACACACAGCCUAGUAUUGCCCACAAGAUUUUAAGAUCAAUGACUAAACAAUGGGGGUAAAUCUACAACUUUCAGCCACUGUUUCCAAUGGGUUCUUGGCUGGCUUUUGGUGUAAUUAACUGACGGUAAAAUAUCUGCAUAUCAAAACAUAUUGCAAAUAUAACAACAUGAAAAAUAAAUUGUCUUUAGACCACGUGGGCGGAAGUGCCUAGCUUAUCAAGACACAAGUGUCUCAUUCAGUGCUCUUUGAUGGAGAGGUGUCCAUGAUGGACAGCUCUCCAAACCAAUAAUUAAGGAGACCAUAGACUGACACCUACUGUAGGUUUGUACCAGCACAAUGACAAAAGUUUGGAUUUCUUUUCUUUGUCAGCCUUAUAAAAUAGAACCUGCAUCUGUCGCUACGUACUUGCGUUGAAAAUACUCAUGGCUCAGCAAACUGAUGGGGCAGAGCCUCUAAGCAGCCCUUUAUUUUUAUGUGUAUAUUUUUAUGCAGCAGUUGAUAAUGUGCCUGGCUAUUCCAGCAAGCGUCUCUGUUUUGUGUCUCCAACUGUACCUUAAUUAUAGUGCAGACCUUAAUUUUAUAUGCUGUCACAGCUGCCUUGUUUAGUGCCUGUGCUAGAUGUGGGUAAACGGUAGACAAACAAUGCUGGAAUCAAAGUUACCAAACCAGUAACACGUUCUUCUAAUGGUUUUGGCCUGUAUUUCUACAGAAAAGGUGUCAUGUGUCAUUACUGAGUGCAGUGAGACUCAAAACAAAGCUGUUUUGACCUGCCCGGCCUGUGGGCUUCAGGUGCCGGCCGGGCUUUCUCUGCUCCGUUGCGCCCAGGCUGUCGGAGUGGUGCCGGGCGUGGUGUGGGAGCGGGGCUCGAUCAUGUUUUUAUAAAAUAAGGUCGGGACUAAAAUGGUGCCUGAAUGGAGAAUUAAAAUUUCUGUGAGGAAAAACUGGGCCAUUCUGUUUGCCACAAGCAAGAAACAAAAAGAUGUUUUAAUGAAAUGUGGUUUUAUUUAAAAUACUUAUUUUCUGGGGUAUGUAUGGUUGCUAUAGCUAGUAUUGUAUUGCUGUGUGCUAGAAAAAAUAAACCACUGAACAAAAUGC